AUGCUGUUCUCCAUGAACCAGCAGGUGCAUGGCAAUACCCUCGAGCAAGAAUUCUUCCGAAGUAAAGGGUAUUUGAAACCUUCGCCAUUGGAAGAUCAAUUUACCAUGUUUUAUUUCAAGCUACUCGAAGUGUCAGACAACAUUAUGUACAAUACACGGUACGGCCUCUUCUCAGCAUGGAGCCUACUCGGCCUUGUUGGUCAGCUGUCUUACAUCGAAUCAUCUUUCGCCGAGUUCUCUAGUGAGCUCAAUGCUUCUGAUCCACAAUUUGAAGUUCGGGUUGUGCAACUGGACAUCCUGCAAUAUACGCUCCACUAUCUCCUUCUCUGUGUUUAUAUAGCAUUCCUUGAGAAGUAUCUUCAUGGAGACACCUCGCCACAUACUCGGUGUUACGCAGCUAAUCAGCACUGCAAGGCCUUUGGAUGGUUUUUCCGAGGCUUUGGGAGGUAUUAUGCAGUCGUGGCGGAGGAGACCCUUAGCCGAGUGAAGGGUGAUGGAGAUGAAAUGGUCGGGCUCAGAGAAGAAUGA